AUGAUGAUACAACCACAUAAGCUCCUACUCAGAAGCACGCGUCCGAGGCGUCUACUAAAGCAAUGCCGGCGUACCGUAAAGACUUCGCCAACAGACUGGAAACCCGUGAAUUCCGUGCCUGGAAACUUGCGAACCAUAGCUCACCAGGCCAAGAUACCAAUCAUAAGAAGAGUGCUCCUCUCGCUAAUGGUGGCGAUGCCCGUUGUUGCAUUUGGAUUGGGCUGUUGGCAAGUCAAGCGUCUCGAAUGGAAAACCGAGCUUAUCGCCAAGUGUGAAAAUAAUCUCGCGGCACCCGUGAUUGAAAAAUUACCACCUAAUUUGGACGUCGAUGCAAUUAACAAUGAGUUUGAAUACCGGAGGUUUAAAUGUCGCGGCCAUUUCAACUAUGAACAGGAGAUGUUCUUAGGUCCAAGAAUGAAGGAUGGUGCGUUGGGCUAUUUGGUUGUUACUCCAUUUGUAAGAGCUGAUGGCGGUAAACCCAUCUUGAUUGAGCGUGGGUGGAUUCUCAAGGACAAGGUUAUUCCACUGGAAAGAAACAAGGGCUACUUGUCGUAUUUGGCCUUCCCGCAAGGCGAAAUUGAAAUAGAGGCGUUGUUUAGAAACAUGCCGCGCAAGAGUAAUUUGCAAUUUGAUCAUGAACAGGGCAGGAAAUUGUUCAAUGUUAUCGACGUGCCCGCAAUGGCAGCUCAAAGUGACGCCUUGCCCAUUUACUGCCAGAUGAUUUAUGACUUGGGCAACCAUUUGGAGUACAAAAAGGAUGCUGAGCUGAAGGAGAAACCUUCCAAGUUUUGGAGCGCCCUUUUUUCUUCCAGCAAAUCAAAAACACCGGAAGCUGAGUCUCUAGACGAUGAAUAUACCCAUUUCCAAGAGUUUGAAUUUGUGAAGCAAGGCGUGCCGAUAGCGCAAAAGCCAACAAUCAAGUUUUCCAAUAACCAUUUACAAUACCUCAUCACCUGGUUUGGUGUCUCCGUGGCCAGUUCAGCUUUAUUCGUCUGGCACAUUUGGAGAAGCAAGCAAUACCUGAGCGCCGACAAGGUGAUUGCUAAAAAGAGAAAAGACAUGAAGAGCAUCCACUACUGA